AUGCCUUAUCGAGCAAUUCUAACAAAUAAAAUUGUGCUCGUUAUUUGGCUUAAUUCGUUUGCGGAUAUUAUCACAUCCGUAUUUUUAAUUACGUAUUUACCUACUUAUGUUUCUAAAGUUCUUCGUUAUGGUGUAAGAGAAACUGGGAUUUGGAGUGCUUUACCUGCACUUUUACAUCUUCCUGUUAAACUUAUUUCUGGAUGGCUAUCUGACAAUAUGAGGUAA